AUGUUGCCGGUGAUCGGAAUCCUCAGCCACCCAGGAGAUGGGGCCGCCGGCCGGUUGACGAAUGACACGAGGGCUUCGUACAUUGCCGCCUCUUACGUGAAGUUUGUCAAGUCUGGUGGGGCUAGGGUUAUUCCUCUCAUAUACAAUGAAAAGCCUCAAAUUCUUAACAAAAAACUGAACAUUGUUAAUGGAGUGAUCUUGACCGGAGGUUCGUGCAAAAGUGGUUCGUACUAUGAGUAUGUUAUUAAGAAAAAUGAGGCGGGAAGCCAUUUCCCUUUGAUUGCUAUCUGCUUAGGUUUUGAGCUACUCGCCAUGAUUGUUAGCAAGCACAACGCCGAUGAGGGUUCUCAGCCCCACACAGUUCAGCUCUGCCCUCCCGUAUCUCUCCGCCGCUAUGCCCCUCAAAUCCACUGUGUUGGUGUUGAACCCGAACUCAUAAUUUUCCCCGAUCUUCUCCAGGUCCUGAUCCACGCCGAUCCCGACGAACGUGUAGCUAGGGUUCGUGAGGAAGUCGACGAGCGAUUUGGGAAUAUAGGGGGAUAUGGAGUAUCGCCAGAGAGGUUCGAAAAGAACAAGAAUCUACACAGUUUCUUUCGGAUUGUGACGAUUAGUGAAUGUAGGGAUAAAAAGUGUUCUAAGACGGUUUUGAUUUCUACUAGGUCUAUGUAUCUACUGUCCAAGCACGAAAGUACCCUGUGGCUGCUUUCCAGUGGCACCCUGAAGUGCGUGAAAAAUGCUUUUGAAUGGGGCUUAGAGAAGAUCCCCCACUCUCCAGCAGCAGUUCAGGUGACUCAAAAUGUUGCCAACUUUUUAGUAAGGUGA